AUGUAUGAGGAACAAAUCAGAGGUAAAAACAGAUUAAUAGAAGAACUCGAAUAUGUCUUAAAAAAAAGUGAAAAAGAUUGUAGAAGGAAACGUAGUGAGAUUGAACGCAUAGAAAUUCAGGUCAAGGCUCAAAAGAGAACAAUAGACGAACUGGUUGGACAACAAAGAAUCCAAGUAGCUUCCACUAAUCACGUAGCUGAAUCUAAUACUUCACAAAAAGUCAGUUUUGAGAUGAGUGAAAACCAUGUGCCACAUGACCUAUUAGGACAACUUCGACAAAAGGACUAUAUAAUCGAUAAUCUCACUCGGCGGGUUGAAAAAAUUGAAGCCGCUAUGAAAGAUAAGGAUUACCAAAUCGAGGUUCUCACUAAAUGUCUGACUGAUGAAAAAAAAACGGUCAGAGAAAUUAGAAGAAUAAAUUGA